CCAAUGGAAGGUGUAAAUCAGUCUGUGGUGUCAGAGUUUGUGUUCCUGGGACUCACCAACUCUUGGAAUAUCCAACUAUUCCUUUUUGUGCUCUCCUCCACAUUUUAUGUAGCAAGCAUGAUGGAAAACUCCCUCAUCGUGUUCACUGUGGCUUCUGACCCUCACUUACACUCUCUGUACUUUCUGUUGGCUAACCUCUCCUUCAUUGAUUUGGGUAUUUCUUCUGUCAUUUCCCCCAAGAUGAUUUGUGACCUGUUCAGAAAGCAUAAAGUCAUCUCCUUUAGAGGUUGUGUCACUCAGAUCUUCUUCAUCCAUGUCAUUGGUGGUGUGGAGAUGGUGUUGCUCAUAGCCAUGGCCUUUGACAGAUAUGUAGCCAUAUGUAAGCCUCUCCAUUACUUGACCAUUAUGAGCCCAAAGAUGUGCAUCUUGUUUUCAGUGGCCUCCUGGGUGGUUGGUCUUAUGCACUCUCUGGUUCAACUGGCUUUUGUAGUAAACUUACCAUUCUGUGGACCAAAUGUAUUGGACAGCUUCUACUGUGACUUUCCUCGGUUCAUCAAACUUGCUUGCACAGACACAUACAGACUAGAAUUACUGGUCUCAAUCAAUAGUGGAUUUAUGUCAGUGGGCUCCUUCUUUAUACUGAUCAAUUCCUAUAUUGUCAUCUUAAUCACUGUACAAAAACACUCUUCAAGUGGCUCCUCCAAGGCUCUGUCCACACUCUCGGCUCAUGUGACUGUGGUGGUCUUAUUCUUUGGUCCUGUGAUGUUCUUCUAUACAUGGCCUUCUUCUUCCACACACUUGGAUAAGUUUCUGGCCAUAUUUGAUGCAAUUGUCACUCCAUUUCUGAACCCUGUGAUCUAUACAUUGAGGAACCAAGAAAUGAAAAUGGCAAUGAUGAGAGUAUUUAACCAGAUACUGGGUUAUAGACAAAUAAUUAAACAUUUGACCUGUGAACAAUCUUAA